GACGCGCCGGAUUUCUAUGCAGUUCUAUAGAGAACCGUGACUGAUUUAAAUUCUCACUCAGAGCCAUCCUCCGAGGUAGUGUAACGUUACACGCAGGUAGGCUACGUCAUUACCAAAUAUGAGGCGUGGAAUGUCAAGUUUUCAGGGUUUUGAAAAUGCACGAGCACCCGUGCAAUAUGUCAAUGGCAGGUUUUAUAGUAAGCUUCAGAAGUCGGGCACUCAGAUAAAGUAUAUCGUUUCCUAGUGUAACGACGCGAUGUGCACACAGCAUCACAGUGUAUCCUCAUGAAAUUUAGGAAUGCGUUAGCAGAACUCUUUUCAGUCGCAACAAGGCGUUACCUAUACCAGCUAGAAAGUAGCGGCACCUUCGAGGGGAGAAGGCCACUCCGAUCCAAAGCAUGACCUCAGAGGGACGAAUCUUGGGAGCAUCCAAGGCAGCGGUUGUAUCACCUGUGAGCCUUCGCAAGCUCAGUUUUGUGAAGAUUGGAAGAAAUCAAAGCAGCGGAUCAAUACAGUCCAGCUCCUGCAGCAGCAGAUCAGGGGAGAACACGGGUCAGCGGCAGCCGGCCAAGAGCAGGAUCCGCCAGCACCGCCACCGUCUGUCGGCCGUGUUCAGCCGCAGCGUCUCCACGUUGGUCCGGGGGGACGGCAUGGCCGCUGCGGCCGGGGAGGAGAGCCUGGUGGCUGAGGACCCUUCCGAGCUGUCCAAUCACGUGACGGCGCCGGGCAUUCUGAAGAUUUUUGGCAAUGAGAUCUGCGAAGGGGCCAACUACAAGAGCGUGCUGGCCACGACCCACUCCAGCGCCAGGGAGCUGGUCAAAGAGGCACUCGAGAGAUACUGUCUGAGCAAGGAGGACGCGGAUGCGUACGUGCUUUGCGACGUGAUUGGCUGCGUUGGGAACCAUCAGUGGAGAGCAGAGUGCCUUCGAGUCGUAGGUGACAAUGAGAAGCCGCUUCUGCUGCAGUCGUUAUGGAAACCCAAGGAAGGCUACGCGCGGCGCUUUGAGAUUCAGAAGCGCGCCAGUGUGGAGGAGAGAACUUCCAAAGACAAGGACACUGUCACCGCAGGACUCAAUGCCCAGGCUCGUAAGCUGCAGAAGACCCGCUCACGGGGGAAGUCCGUCUUCCUGGAGAUGACGAGGCACCGGAGCCAGACGGACAGCGCCACGGGGCUGUGGAGGAGCCGGAGCGAGGCCAACAUCGUGGCGGAGGACCCCGGGCUCGAGAGCGGCCCCAACAGCCCUGGGUUCGAAGCGUCCCCGGGGGAGAGCAGCCCCCCGUUGCAGGGUGCUGGUGCCGGGGUCGAGGCCUACAAAGCCACCUACUGUCCCGGUCACGAGCGCGAGGAGACGGAGAGCAGUGACGACAACGGUACACAGUACUCCAUUCACCCGCCUUUCGACUUCCCCUACUUCCUGCUUCUACAGGGUUACAGCCCCAGACAGGACUUUAUCAUUUAUCCGAUUAACGGGGAAAGAACUGUGUUCGGCCUCAGUACCAAACUAGCUGUUGGUGAGAAGGAGUUCCUGACAGUAGACGUUUCGCUCUGGGCCCCAGACAUCAAGCCUCAGCACUGCGGCAUCCAUCACGUGAGGCCUGAAUCCUCACACCUGGAGAGCGACAAAGGGGCUUACGCUACCUCCCUAAAGCCCUCCCAGGGAGCUCUGGUCAAGAGGAACGGCAUUAGCAUAACUCAGGAAACCUUGCUGCACAACGGCGACCUUCUAGGCCUGGGCGAGUACUACCUUUUCAUGUUCAAAGAUCCCACGGCUUCCGAGAGCCUGCCCUACUCCGAACUGAUCCCAGUACAGAUGCCCGGGUCUCCGCUAGCAGAGCCCCUCUGCAACAGCUGUGUCUCGUCUGGGACGACCACCUCCAGGAGACUAGGGAAUAGACUCCAUCUCCUUCCCUGCCUAAUGGGCGCUGAGGACCAGGAGCUCUCCUUAGUGUAUGACCCAGAGCAAGAGGAGAGCAUUCUGAGGGAGAUUUUCACCACUGUGGCGGCCCAACGUGGCGGAGAGCCCAAACUGACGGCGGCCCUCCUACUGUGCCUCUGUCUCCAGCGGUCGGCAGUGCACUUCAGCACAGCCACCCUCCGAAAACUACUGCUACGCAUCGCCAGUGAGGUCCAGACAACAGUAUGGCAAUGUGCAAAGGAGCUUGCUGCCAUCCAGCCAGAAAUGGCCAGUGGUGGCUGUCAAAACCCAGAAGAACUGCAGCCAUUGACCAUUGACAAACUGGUCCCAGGUCUGCAGCCACUGGUCCUGUGGAUGGCAAACUCGAUCGAGCUGCUCCAUUUCAUCCAACAGGAAGUGCCUCGGCUCCUGCAUGGCCUGACACCGGACGAGGAACUGGAUUAUGGCAGGGAGGAAGGACACGAGGAGGAGGAGCAUAUUGCCCUGCUGGAGAUGCAUCUGUCUGCCGUGCGUCCAGCCAGCGAGGAGGCGAUGACGGUCCUGGAGGAGGUCAUUAUGUUUACGUUCCAGCAGUGUGUGUAUUACAUCACCAAGGUGCUUUACCCUUUACUACCUAGCGUGCUGGACAGUCACCCUUUCUCAGAGAGUGGCCAGCUUCUGGUACCUGAAGACAUCAGCAGUCUCCUGGACGUCCUCAAGAGGGCGCUACAGCUAGUGAAGGACUUCCAGGUGCACUGGGAGAUUGGCUCGCAGCUGCUCGCCUACCUCUUCUUCUUCAUCAAUGCGUUUCUGUUCAACCUACUGAUGGAGAGGGGUUCUGGAGGAACGUUUUACCAGUGGUCCCGUGGGGUCCAGAUCCGAGCCAACCUGGACUUACUCAUGGACUGGGCCCAUGGAGCAGAACUGGGAGAACUGGCUCUUGGCUGCCUCAAUAAGCUCUCCACAGCAGUCAACCUCCUGGCCACGCCCAAGGAACAUCUUCUGCAGGACACCUGGCGUUCCCUGCGGAUGGAGUUCGCCCAGCUGAGCCCUGCACAACUCCACCACAUGUUGAGGGAGUACAGCCCCGGCAGGACUGGCCCCUUCGCCUGGACCCCUUGUGCGUCCGAGGCCCACGCCGCCUUCACAACCGUGGACAUCCUGGAGAGUCUGGACAACCACCCGCCCCUGGUGCUGCCCUGCAGCGGGUUCGAGCUGGAGCUGAGGAGGCCCGUCCGAGACGUCGGGCUGGAGCUGAGGAGGCCCGUCCGAGACGUCGAGCUGGAGCUGAGGAGGCCCGUCCGAGACGUCGGGCUGGCGGCGCAGGUCAACUUACUGCAGGAGUUCAUCAACAACCUCCCUCCUGGUGGUGUGGCGAUCAACCUUGGGCUCCCGCAGGACACUGUAGUGCCCAUGGAGGCUAAGGUCACCAAGAUGGAGUCUCUUCCCAUGGCACAGCUGGAGGUCGGGCAGGCGGAGAUUGUGCUGCCCCAUCACCGCAACUCAUCACCAGAUGCGGCGGUCUCUGCUGAGCUUGGCUCUUGCAACGCCCCUCUGAACCAGAAGCUGAUGAGCGCGGAGGUCCAGAAUGCUGAGGAGAACCUCAGCUGCAGCAGUAAGGGUCUGGCGUCGGACCCGGUGUGCUGGCUCACCCCGCCCAGCACACCCCAGAGGCUCGGGCUGACUGAGACGGAGGCAGAGGCGGCGGCGGAGGUGGAGGCAGAUGGCCAAGAGGAGAAUGAUCUACAGCGCCAAAAUGCCGGCCACAACCACAGCGCAGGCAAACACUUGAAAGCCACUGCUAAGAAAGUGGAGGAUGAGGAGGAGGAGGAAGACGACGAAGAUGAAGACGAGGAGGAGGUGUUCUCAGUGGAGCUGCAGAGGGGAGUGUGUGGUCUCGGCCUCGCCCUUGUGAAUGGAACAGUUGAGUGUGCAAAUGAGUGAUGAUGCUUCCUACUUUUUUUUUCCCCCUCUCGAAAUUGAACGGGUGUUUGAUCUGAACGGUUAAACCCAAGAUAUUUUCCACGGAUCAUUUUUCAGAGUUAUUUCCCACAGACUCAUUUUUCACCAUUGUUUUAAAACAGCCCUUCAACAUACAUUUCAAGUCUCUAAAAUGAAAAUGAAAACAGUUGUAUAGUGUGGUUAUAGUUAGAUGGGGUUAGUUAGGGUUUUUGUCAAGACUGAGAACUGCACUGUGUGACACCAUAAAACUAUUCCUGUUACUAGGGCCUGGUGUUUCAUGUCCUUCAUCUUCCCCUGCCUACACUAAAUUACUAAUCAGGAGCAUUAUGAUCACACUGACAAAAAAAAAACUGUGUUUGGAAUACGGAUAGAUAUAAUACUCUUAUAUCUAUAGGGCUUAAGGAGCAGGAUUGAAAAUAGAACAUCAUUUAGAACAAUUGAAAAUGUC